GCAGGCGCAGGUGCAGAGGCAGCUGCGCGGUCCGACGCGGAGAGAAGGAGCGGUCCGGCCUCGGCCCGCAAGUGUCGGAGCGGGGAGAGCGGUGCGCAGCAGGGCCAGCAGAAACGGGCAGCCGACGGAAGGAGUAAAAGUCAGGCGGAGAGGGUGAGGCAGGAGAUAGGCGGUGGAAGGGAGAGGACUGAAGAGGAGAAGUAAAAGCCGUGGAUCGCCAUGAUAGAGGUUACAGUGAAGACUCUGGACUCUCAGAGCAGAACCUAUGAAGUUGAAGAAGAGUUUACAGUCAAAGAAUUCAAAGACCAUAUCUCCAGCUCGGUGAACAUCCCAGCUGACAAACAGAGGCUCAUUUACCAGGGCCGUGUCUUACAAGAUGACAAGAAGUUGAAAGAUUAUGAUGUACACCACAAAGUUAUCCAUUUGGUGGAGCGUGCUCCGCCACAGGCACAGUCAGCAACAGGAGGGACCUCGGCAGCAGGAACUUCCAUGCCACACCCUGGUGGCACACGAGGGAUGCCAGCCGGACCCCAUGACCGGAAUGCCAACAGCUAUGUCAUGGUGGGCACCUUCAAUUUGCCAGUCAACCUUCUAGACCCUCAGCAGAUACAGCAAUCAGUGCAGCAGGUGAUGGCAGGUUUGGGUGAGGCUGGUCGGAAUGCACGAGCCGCAACUUCCACCGGGAGUGAAGGAUCAUCGAUGGAUGUGCACAUCAAUGUGGAACAGAGUCCUAUUCAGAGUGAGCCUCGAGUUCGCCUGGUGCUGGCACAGCACAUGCUGAGGGACAUCCAGGGCAUCUUGAACAGGCUUGAGGGUCAAGCAAAUGGCACGCCUCAGGAGUCAGCACAGAGCCCAGCAGAUGCUACGGAUUUGGUGGGAGAACCCACACCUCCAAGCGCACCAGUUUCUGGGGACACCAUGGAGACGUCCGGCACAGAGCCUCAAACGGCCCCGGCAAAUCACCCUCCAGAAACCCUGGCUGAAGGGACUGCUGAGGAAGGCACAAGCACCUCGGAGGGCACUGAGCCGAGCGUGGGCUUGUCAUCGGCAACUACCCAGACCGAGGAAGCUCCCCCUGGGCCCAAUCACCCAUCCCCCACAGAGUAUCUCGAGGUCCUGAUGGAGCUGCAGCGAGUGGAGUCGAGGCUGCAGCCCUUCGUGCAGAGGUACCAGGAGAUCUUGAGCACAGCCACUACUGCAGACUACAACAACAAUUGGGCUUUCCCACGCCUUUCCUUCCAACAGACAGAGAGCAGGGAAGAAGACCAAAGGAUCAUCAAUCUGGUGGGAGAAGCCCUUCGUUUUCUGGGCAACACCUUUGUGGCCCUGUCUGAUCUCCGGUGCAACCUAGCGGCCAGCACCCCUCGCCACCUACACGUGGUGAGGCCGAUGUCCCACUACGCCUCACCCGUGGUGUUGCAGCAGGCCCUGCCCAUUCAGCAGAUCAAUGUCGGAACGACGGUCACCAUGACAACCAAUGGCAACCGAGCGCAACACAAUGCUGAGGGGCAGUCACCAGCCCCAGCAGCCUCUGGCACUGUUCCCCCCACACAGUCAUCAGGUGCUGAGACGCAGGAGGCCCCAGAGAACCAGGGGCAGCAGAGCCAGAGCCAGGGCUCCCACCCCCGGGUCAUUCGCAUCACUCACCAAACAAUGGAGCCCGUCGUCAUGAUGCAGAUGAACCUACAAGGAGAUUCCGCCACACAGGGUAAUUCUUCUACAACAGCCUCUUCUGCCACAGGGACCUCUGGGCCAGGUGGGAUGCCGCAUAUCCAGAUUCCAGGGAUGUCAACUGAAUUCAUGCAGACCAUCAUGCACCAGAUCACCCAGCAAGCCAUGGCAGCAGCCGGAGCAAGCUCAGGGCAGCAGGUGACAGGCUUUCAACCUUCUCCGGCCAGGGUGGUAAUAACCAGACCUCCACCUCCUCCCCCACGGCAGACUCAGCCAGCACCUGGGCCACAAGCAGGAGCACAGGUUCCUCCUGGCUCCGCUCGUGCCCCUGCUCCUGCUCCACCUCCUGGUCCCGGCCCGGCCACCCUGGCGCAGAUGAUCACCGGGCUGGUUGGACAGCUUCUGAUGCAGCCUGCUACUGUCGCCCAACCCACGACAGCAGGAAGCACUCCCUCAGACACCACCAACACCAGCUCUGCGACCACCUCCGCCACGGCAAGCAGAACAUCCACCACUACUACCACUACCAGCUCCACUGGGACCACCACCAGCAGUUCAGCUGCACCAGACUCUGGCACCCAGCCCGAUGUCCAGCUCUCGCAGCUCCUGGGCACUUUGCUGGGGUCAGCUGGUACCGGCAUGGCCAGCGUAGGCUCACCCACCAUCACUGUGACCCUGCCGGGGAUGCCAGCUUUUGUGCAGGGGAUGACAGAGUUUCUGCAGGCAGCCCAGGGAGCAGCAACAGUUCCUCAGACUCCUGCCCAAGGAGCUCCCCCACAGGCCCCACAGGCCCCUCAGACCCCAGCCCCAACGCAAGAUCCACCUACGUCACAGCCGGGUCAAGGCAGAGAGAGCCGGCAGCAGACAGGGGUAGAUACACUGCCGCCGGAGUUCUUCACCAGUGUGGUGCAGGGCGUGCUCUCUUCCAUGAUGGGUUCACUCAAUGCCCAGCAGGGCAGCACAGAGAGCAUCGCCGAUUUCAUCCAGCGGCUCAGUGGCACCAGCAACAUCUUCGAGCCGGGUGCUGAUGGAGCUAUAGGGUUUUUCGGAGACUUGCUCUCACUCAUCUGCCAAAACUUCUCCAUGGUGGACAUGAUCAUGCUGCUUCACGGCCAGUUCCAGCCACUGCAGCGCAUCCAGCCUCAGCUCAACCGAUUCUUCCAAGAGCAGUACCUCAACAACCAGGAGCCUACAGAGCAGAACAUCCGGGCAUCAACAAACGUGUUGAUAAAUGGUCUGGAGGAGUACAUCCAUGAAAGUUUUUCAUCUGUUGUAGUGCGUGAUGAUGUGGAUAUAACGCGAACAAACUUGGACUUCCUGCGGGAGCAAUUCAACAGGAUAGCCACCCACAUUCUCCAGUGCACUGAUGCCACAUUCGGUCACCGACUCCUGGAGCUGUGUAAUCAGGCACUGUUCGAGUGCUUGGCUCUGAAUCUCUACAGUCUCCAAGGGGAGCAAAGUGCGCUGACCAACGUGAUCAAUGACAGGAUCCGCCGAAUGUCGGUGGAUGUGAACCCCUCCCUGGUGAACUGGCUGACCACCAUGAUGGCAAUGCGGCUGCAGGUGAUCAUGGAGCACAUGCCGGUGACGGAGGAGCAGAUUCUACAGUAUGUCAGGAGGAGGGAAUCUCAGCAACAGGAGGCUGAGACACAGCAGAGUGUCCCAGAGGAACACGUGGAGGAUCAUCCCAUGGAAUCUGAAGAGAAUGUGCAGGAAGUGCCACAGAGGAAGGACUCAACAGCUUCUCCUGCUCCAGCCACCACCGCGGAGGAGGUGAUGUCGACAGAGCCGGUGGCGUCCAUGGGUGCAGACACAACACAGAGGGAAGGAGCGGAGGCAGAGCCUUGGGUGGCUGCUGUUCCACCGGAGUGGGUGCCUGUCAUCCGGCAAGAUAUCCAGAGCCAGAGGAAGAUGAAACCUCAGCCACCUCUCAGUGAUGCCUACCUCAGCGGCAUGCCAGCCAAGCGUCGAAAGACGAUGCAGUGUGAGGGUCCGCCACUCUCGCUGGCUGACGCCGUGGGUAAAGCCGCAAAGGCCGCCGGGGUCAAGCCGCUCACCAGUGCAGAGAGCCUGGCCAGAGACCUAGAGAGAACUGAGGCACAGGAGGCCUACAGGCAACAGAUCCAUUCCGACAUCCAGAAGCGGAUAAGAGAGGACCCCGAGUACAACCCCCAGCGGUUCCCGAACACGCAUACCGCUUUCGAGGAGCGUUCCUAGUGCCAGCGGGGACGAACCUCUCUCCCUCCAUCUGAACCGGGCCUCGAGCUUCAUCUAGCCUGUACCCUGCGUGAAUUCGCUCGUUGUACGUGGUGUUUUAAUUAUUUCUCUCUGCCGGACUCUGGGUGUUGCACUUUCUCUUGUCACAAGCCUUGAAUAAAGUACCACAGUCCAAAGCUGCACUGAAGCUUGACAAACUCGA